AUGAGUCUUUUCAUUAGGCACAUGGUCAUGCUUAACCUUUAUGCGUCCCUCACUCUUCCCGCAUUGAGCUACUUAUCGACCUCAAAUUCUCUAGUUGCUAUUGGGAAAUCAAAAUCUUCAAUCACAAUAAAGAUUGAUAAUGCAGAGGAUACCCGCAGUACGGAGGAGGUACUUAAACAGAUAUUGCAGCAUGAAAACUCUGCUGCUGGUGUUUUGUGCCAGAUGAAGACUCAUCAUGGAGCACACGCUUCUCUUUUUACACUAACAAAGGAUGUCUUAGGUAUUGUUUCUAUGUUGGGAAGAGUUGAGGAUGACAAUCUCAGCAGACUUUUCUCAGAGUAUCUUGGAGUUGAGACUAUGUUGGCGAUUGUUUGUACAACUUAUGAAGGAGUUAAAGCUAUCGAAAUGUAUGACAAGGAAGGCUGCAUAGAUAAAAGUAGGGGUCUUUAUGAGCUAGGUGCAACUAUUGGGAGGUCUUUGGACGGUCGUUUUUUAGUCAUAUGUCUUGAAUCUCUAUGGCCUUAUGCCUGUAAAUUCGUGGUUGAUGAUCCACACAGGAAAUUGGACAUUUUAAAUCCAAGGUUGCCCAGUGGGGAGUGUCCGGCUGGAUUUCUUGGGUUUGCUGUUAAUAUGAUUGAUAUAGACACUGUGAACCUAUUUUGUGUAACUCCGAAUGGUUUUGGCCUCAGAGAAACUCUGUUUUAUAGUCUCUUUUCUCGGCUACAAGUAUAUAAGACUGGGUCUGAAAUGAUGCAAGCACUUCCUUUCAUAACCGACGGAGCUCUUUCUUUAGACGGAGGAAUGAUUAGGAGUUGUGGAGUAUUUUCCUUAGGCAAAAGGCAAGAUGUUAAUGUGAGAUUCCCCAGACCAGAAAGAUCAUCUGGACUUGAUGAGCAAGUUGAAAUUGAGAAGCAAAUGAAGGUAGCCGAGUGGAAGAAGGAACAAAAUUUGGAGGGAAAUGACAUUGUUGGACAUAGCGAAGCACAAUUUCAACAAAAAAAAAGAGUGAUUUUCUUAUGUAUUUGGCUUCAAGUUCAUCAAUUGCAACUACUCAGGUCAUUGACUAUUAUUGAUUGA